AAUGAAGUUGUGCUGAAAAAGCCCUGUGGGCGCGCGCGGCGAGUCGCGAGGCACUUUUCAGCCCGGGGAAGAGGCGCCGCUCUGCUCUGCGAUACUCUGCUCGGGUCGCCCAGGAAGGGAGGCUUCACCCGGAUCCAAGGCGGAAAGGGGCCCACGGGGACGCCCUCCUCCUCCCUGUCAAAGGCGAGGCUGGAAGGCAACCUCCCCGCCGGAUUCGCAUUGAGGACCCAAGAGGGUUCACCUCGGAGUUGGAUCUGGCCGGGGCCUUUCCAGAGGUGAGCUGUCUCGGUUUUGCCUGGAGGUUCCCCAAAAAUGAUCCCGAGAGGAGGAGGAGGAAGGCUCGCGUCCCGUUUCCGAGGAGUUUCGCCGGCAGCACCUCAAGGAUGGAUGGAUGGCUGAGCUCUCCGGAGCCUUGGAGCUGGACCUCCUUUGUCCAGACUUAGCCACUCUUUUUCCUUCCUUCCUUCCUUCCUUCCUUCUUUCUCCCCCUUUCCCUUUCUCACACAAACCGACGUUUGCCUGUUGCCUUUUCUUCGCCCUCGGCUCUCCUUCUCAAGGUCGCACCUUGUUUCCGUCCUUCCUUCCUCUGCCAUGGCCGAGGCCCCUUACUGGUGACAGGGAAGCACUUUUCCCCACGAUGCCUGCUUUAAACUGACUCUCGGGCCUAAUUUUGGAUGAGUUUGUGGCGCUUCCGUGGCCGAAAAGCAGAAGGAAGAACCCACCAUGAAAGAGAAGUCCAAAAAUGCGGCCCGGACUCGGCGGGAGAAGGAAAACAGCGAGUUUUAUGAACUGGCCAAGCUGCUGCCUUUGCCUUCGGCCAUCACUUCCCAGCUGGACAAGGCCUCCAUCAUCCGACUCACCACCAGCUACCUGAAGAUGCGAGUCGUCUUCCCCGAAGGACUGGGAGAAGCCUGGGGCCACCCAAGUCGAACCAGCCCUUUGGACAAUGUUGGGCGAGAGCUGGGAUCCCAUCUGCUUCAGACUUUGGAUGGUUUCAUAUUUGUGGUAGCUCCAGAUGGCAAGAUCAUGUACAUCUCUGAGACCGCCUCUGUUCACUUGGGUUUGUCACAGGUGGAGCUGACCGGCAACAGCAUCUAUGAGUAUGUGCACCCGGCCGACCACGACGAGAUGACGGCCGUCCUCACCGCCCACCAGCCCUACCACUCCCACUUCGUUCAGGAAUAUGAGAUCGAGCGCUCCUUCUUCCUCCGGAUGAAGUGUGUCCUGGCCAAGAGGAAUGCCGGCCUCACCUGCGGGGGAUACAAGGUCAUCCAUUGCAGCGGCUACCUCAAGAUCCGCCAGUACAGCCUGGACAUGUCCCCCUUCGACGGCUGCUACCAGAACGUGGGCCUGGUGGCCGUGGGCCACUCCUUGCCCCCCAGCGCCGUGACCGAGAUCAAGUUGCACAGCAAUAUGUUCAUGUUCAGGGCCAGCCUGGACAUGAAGCUCAUCUUCCUCGAUUCGCGGGUAGCCGAGCUGACCGGUUACGAGCCCCAGGACCUGAUCGAGAAGACCCUCUACCACCACGUCCACAGCUGCGACACCUUCCACUUGCGCUGCGCCCAUCACCUGCUGCUAGUGAAAGGGCAAGUCACAACGAAAUAUUACCGCUUCCUCGCCAAGCAGGGUGGCUGGGUCUGGGUGCAGAGUUAUGCCACCAUAGUCCACAACAGUCGGUCUUCCCGGCCUCAUUGCAUUGUCAGUGUCAACUAUGUCCUCACGGAUACAGAAUACAAAGGACUACAACUUUCGCUGGAUCAGGUUUCGGCUACAAAGCCAUCAUUUCCAUAUGCAAACUCAACUCCAACUAUAACUGACAACAGGAAAGGCAGCAAAGCACGUCUGGCAAGCACCAAGUCAAAAUCUAGGACAUCACCAUAUCCACAGUAUUCUGGAUUUCAUACUGAAAGAUCCGAGUCUGACCAUGAGAGCCAAUGGGGUGGAAGUCCAUUGACUGACACUGCAUCUCCACAGUUAAUGGAUCCCUCUGAAAGACCAAACUCUCAGCAUCAUGAUGUUUCCUGUGCCUAUAGACAAUACUCGGACCGCAGUGCUCUCUGCUAUGGUUUUGCACUUGAUCAUUCCAAGCUGGCAGAUGAGAGGCACUUCCAUACUCAGGCCUGUGAAGGUGGCAGGUGCGAAGCUGGCCGAUACUUCCUUGGCACACCCCAGUCUGGGAGAGAGGCAUGGUGGGGUUCCCGCUCUGCCCUGCCCCUCACCAAGUCUUCUCCAGAGAGCAGGGAGACCUAUGAUAAUAGCAUGCCUCAUAUAACUUCCAUUCACCGGAUACAUGGAAGAGGGCACUGGGAUGAAGAAAGUGUUGUUAGUUCCCCAGAUCCUGGUUCUGCCAGCGAAUCAGGGGACCGCUACCACUCGGAGCAGUAUCAGGGCAGUCCGCAUGAGCCCAGCAAAAUUGAAACUCUCAUCAGAGCAACUCAGCAGAUGAUAAAAGAAGAAGAAAACAGGCUGCAGUUACGAAAAUCGGCUUCCGACCAGCUGGUUUCUCUUAAUGGAGCAGGGAAGAAACACUCAGCUUGUUUUGUAAACUACCACCAGCCGCAACAGUUGAGAGGAGAUGUCUGUCGGGGCCCCAGCAUCUCCAACACCACAUCUCCCUGUGAACACACACAGCAACGGGAAGGGAAAAUGCUGAGCCCUCAUGAGAAUGACUAUGACAACAGCCCCACAAGCCUCUCUAGAAUAAGCAGCCCCAAUUCUGACCGCAUUUCUAAAUCAGGUUUGAUCCUGGCAAAGGAUUAUCUUCAUUCUGAAGUGUCGCCUCAUCAAACUCCAGCAGAGAACAAUCCCACAGGUUCACCAAACUAUUACAGUUCCCAUAAGCAGUAUUUUGAUAAGCACGCUUACACGUUGACGGGAUAUGCUCUGGAGCACCUUUAUGACAGUGAAGCUAUUAGAAACUAUUCUUUGGGUUGCAAUGGAUCCCACUUUGAUGUGACUUCUCAUCUAAGGAUGCAGCAAGAUCCAGCACAGGGACACAAGGGGACAUCUGUUAUAAUAACCAAUGGAAGCUGAUGGGUAUUUCCCACAACACUAUUUUUUCUUACUUAAAAUAUGUUUGUGCUAGAAAAGAAACCUUGCAGUAAUAGCAGCAGGCAUACAUGUUUCAACAACCUUGUUACCAACAGUUGAUAAACUACAAUGCACUAGGAGGUGGGAAUUGUAAGGUAGUGAGGAGGUCCCGGUUCAUCCACCUUCUUGUUUAAACAAAGCACUGGCCCUGAUGCUCUAGACAUGCAUAGAGCUGAAUCUAAAAUAAAUCUAAAAGAUAGCAACCAUAUUAUGGAGGAGGUCUAAGCCAUGAACAUCUGUGAGAUGCCCAAUAAGCAGUUUGGAGUCACUGGAAUAAUGUGCAUUAGAAGAUAAGGCCCGAAAUUCUUAGGAGCUUGAUCUCCUCUGGCUCUAGUAAACAAACCCACUAUGCACUCUUUACAUGCAAAGAAGGGGAAGGAAUGGGAAAAGGUGAAAUGGCUAUUUUGAAAUAACAAAGCAACAUUGGUAUAAUAUCACGUUUAUACAGAUCUUUCUCCUCAAUUGGUGUAAAGCAUGAAUGGUCAAAAGUUAAAAUUCCUACAUGUUUAUUUGCUGGGGUAUUGACAAUUACAUAGGCAUUGUAUGCAGCAGUCUGUAUCCUGGAUAGAGACACAUGAGUAGAAAGCAAACUGCUUGAUCAGGUCACAUUGGAAGGAAAAAACAGGAAACUAACGUUUCCUUGCCUGGCUUGAAUAAUGGAAGACCUGUAACUGUGUGGAUCCAGACCAAAGGACCAGUUUCAAUUGUGAUCCAAUUUUGAAUGAUGAUUAUGAUCUAGGGAAAAUGAUAGUUAUAGGUAAGCAAGAAACAGUUUGGCAAGCACUAGGUGUAUGAUGGCAAUCUAACCAGGAGUAUGAUGUGAGGCAGUAGAUGAACCGUUUUCCUUCUAGCUAAACAAGCAAUUGGGGAAGAUCCAGCAGAGGAGCAGUUAGAGGAACAGGUCAAAACUACAAGUGGAAAGUUAUAACAAAUACUUUACCAAAAAGACCUUAAACAUAAUCCAAUGAAUGAAAAGUUAAAAAGGAACAAAGCUUUUCUAAAUGUAUGAUAUUCUCCAUUGCAAAAUUGAAUGGGUCACAGGUAAUGAUGCCAGUGGACUGAAUUUGGUGAAGACCCAGAAUCAUCUGUCUCAUUCUUAGGCAUAUUUUAAUAAGCCAACCCUUUUAUUGUAAUGGGGUUGACUCAAAAAUACUGUAAGUUAGUGGUAGCAUUUUAAUCUGUGAAGAUGUCAUGACAUUCCUUCAUUUUCAUUUUUCUCCAUAUAUUUUAUAUCGGAAUGGAAUACAGCUAGUACAAAGGUGGGGAAUCUGUGGUCUUCCCAAUGAUAUUAGACUCUCAUACCAUUUUGAGGGGGCAGUGGGGGGAAUCAUCUUCUUUGCAUGGCGUUUCAUGGGAUUCCAUCUUUAAAGAAGAGGGAGAAUUUACUCACCCCCACCACACAGGAUUUCCUCCUCCCCUUUCUAGCUUAACCAUCCACUUAAUUUCCCAUCACACAGACUGGCGAUUGCCAGUUUUAAAAUACUCUUUCCAAUGUGAUCUUCCCCUCCUCUCUUUGAAUUCUCCCUUUUGAAUAGACAAGCAGACUUUUAAUACCCCUUUCCAUGAUCUUUUCCUCCUUUGAAUACCUCCACUUUUAACACUCAUGUCAAUGGAAUCUUUUCUCCUUCGCUUUGAAUCCCUUCUCUAGAGGAGAUCAGAACAUUUUAAAACACUUUUUUCAAUUGGACCCACACAGCUUUUAUACCACUAAUGCAAAGAAGGAUCAUAAAACGGAGUGUCAAUGCCAGUUUUUAGGCAUUUCUAUGUUCAUGCAAUGGAGUGGAGUCAAUUUGUUUCCCACAAGCAACCACUGGAAGCAAUCUUGCAUCGUUUGAUGGGCUCAGUGGAAGUCUGUCUUUGAGCCAUGUAGAAACAGAGGAAGAAAACCAUCUGAUGAAAUCUGACUGCAUUUACACCAGGCAGGUCACUCCAAUUAAGUCUACUCUGAAAUCCAGCUAUGUUGGAUCUGUAGUUGGUGUCUAAAUGAUUUGAGACCACAUUGGCUCCACUGAACUGGCACCUAAUUGUCUGUGUUGUCAUCAUUGCUCCAUGCAAGUACUUAACUUUGGCCAGAUGCAACAGGCAACAGCUAUCAAUAGUCUCCCUGGAGGACGUAGAGAUUUCUAGAGGGAACAUACUAACUAAACCUAUAAAAAUUACACCUGCAAAUGUGGAGGGCUGAUUGUAGUAGUACAUUUCAUACUAAGCUGAUCAUGUAGCACUUCUUUCUAUCUGCAGUAUCACUGAUGGCAUUGAAAAAACUAUUCAGACACAAAUGCUCAACCAUGACAGAAAGAGCAGCAGGCCGCAUCAACAAAUGACACCAUGAUAGCACUUGUUCAAUCAGUUCAGGUCUAGUGAUAACAUUUGUUUUGUACUGAUUCUAAGUAUUAGUGAUUAUUUUAAAAACAGAAAUUCACCAGUUUAGCAUGGGACUUUGAACACUUUGUUUUGACUUGGAAUCCCUCUGAAUUCAACCACAUUUGUGGUACUGAAUUAGGAUGACCACACUUUUAUUUCUGAAUAGGUUUCUCAUCUUCAAGGGCUACAUUGAGGACAGACUUAGUGUAGAGAAUAUCUGUAUCUAUUGAAUUUGGUCAAGAUGGAUGGCAAUUUCAUUUUUUUUGCUAAUAAUUUACCAAUAUCCAAAAGUAUGUUAUUUAAACAUGUUAAUGUGAGACAACUAUCCUUUGCUAGGUCUGUGCUAAACAGCCAUGUGAAAGUAGGAAUGUCUAGUUUGGAACAAUCAUAUUGACAAAUUGAAUCUUCCCUGAUUUACUAUGAGCUUAGCAGUCCCACCAUGCUUGCGUAAAUCGAUACAAAGGAGAGUCAAUGGUUAAGAUGGUCAUGCUAUGUGAGAAGUUGCUCUUUCCACAUGAUGGCAUUCCUCAGCAUGCUUUCAUAUCUGUCAGCAUUUUACAGUUGGAGACAAGGACAUGUGUAGCCAAGUAACUUCAGUGGUCAAGAUGGCAACCAUUAGGAAGGAGGAAGAAUUUGUAAGCUAGGAGAGGCUGCAAUAGUUUGCUUUCCCUUGAAUCUAUAUCAGUGAUUCUCAACCUGUGAGUCCCCAGAUGUUUUUGACCUUCAACUCCCAGAAAUCCUAACAGCUGGUAAACUGGCUGGGAUUUCUGGGAGUUGUAGGCCAAAACACCUGGGGACCCACAGGUUGAGAACCACUGAUCUAUAGGGAUGGACAAAACCUUAUUCUCCUCUCCUGUCAGUUGAGUUAACUGAAUUAUGCAGUUAAUUUCAGCCUCGAUUAGACUGAAAGCUGAUGCUCUGCAAAGGAAUUGACACCACUAGAUUAAAGUUGCUGAUGCUAUCACUUUGAAUUCAGUGUGCAGCAAUUGAAAGAAGGAAACUAGAAGGAGAAAGUAGCUGGGAUAUUUUAAAUGCAGGUGAACAAAAUGGAAUAACAGAAGAUUAACUGGGGCUGACCUUGCCAAAUUUGGGUAAUUAUUGGAUAUGUGCUGUGCAUGGAAUUAUAGGAAGUCUGAAGUAGUAUGCCUAAUGAUUUUACUAUUAGGUAAACUGAGGCAGGGCACUAGCUUCCUCUUCUCCAAAAGCAGGCAAACUGUUUUGGGUCAGUCUUGUGAAUAGAAUUUCGAAGUUUAUAAACAGAAAAAUGCUAGAGCACCAAUCAAUUUUUUCUUCAUAAAUGACUACACACAGGAUUAUGAUACUUAUAGGUUUCAUACAUAUGAAAGUCGAGAUUUUAAGGAUGCUGACAAGAGUUGUCAAAGUUUGAUAAAAGACUGAAUUUAGCCAUGAGAGGAAAUGAAUGAAAUGAAAUCCCUUUUCAUAUAACUGUCUAAGAUGCAAAGCCCAUUUACUUAAUUCUCUGCUAGAUCUCUUCACAAUGAAGUGCCCAUGAAAUGUGUCCCUGUGAUUAUGACAACCUUCUAAUCACAAUAAUAGAUCUGAAUAGGUUAUGUUUUUCUAAAAAAAUUCUAAAUACGAACUAUAUAUUUUCUCCAAAAUGCAGGAGAGGUAGUCUGUCAUGUACAGAAAUGUUGUUCACCACUGCUUUCUCAGAGCUUUGAUUUAUUAUUGUUUUUACAUUUGAUAUAACAUUUUCCUUACAUUGAAAAAGUGGUUAUUUAUCUGAAUUAAUAUUCCAUUUUAUCUGACUUAGAUCUAAUAAUUGCAAUAAUUUAGGAGCACUUCAUAAUUCUUGCAAAAUAAAUAUCACAUUUUUAUGUCUGGAAGACAUAUUGGGUAAGCAAACAUGUAGAUAUCAAUUUAAGCAUCUUUUAGAACAGAUAUAAAUUGAUUUUUGAGCUUCAAAUACUUUUUUUACAUUAACUGUGAUAUAACAGUUUUCUAAUAUAAUCUUAACGUUAAUGCAAGAUAUUUAUUUUCAAAUGUAACCUAUCCCAAAAACAACAAAAGCACUUACAGGUUUAUCACAUGACCAUGUUUUAGUGCUAUAACACUAUGAUUUUAUAGUGGCACUUUAGCUGCCAUGGCAACAUCCUAUGGCAUCCUGGGAAAGGCAUUUAAAAUUAUUGACCAAAGAGAUUGUGGGUCUCACUAAACUACAAACAGCAGGAUUUUGAAAGAUCAGAGUGAAAUAUAAUGUUAUAGUAGCAUAGUGUGAUGAGGAACUUAGUACUUGAAAUUAACAUGUGAGAUUGAGAAUUCAAACUUUUUGGGAAUUUUGAGUAAUAUGCUGCUUCCCCACAUUUUAUUUCACAUUACAGUAAGACCCCCAUAUCCACAAGGAAUUAGUUACUGGCCUGACCAUUACCACAUGAUACUGUGGAUACAACUGAAAACCAUUUAAUAUACUCAUUUUUAGUUCCAGCAUGCCAUAGAGUUACAUUGGGAAAGAAUGAAGAAUCUGUUCACUUGGGCUUCAAAUGGGAAGAACAAAUGGACAGGUUAAAGAUGGGCACUUACUCCUUGUAAAGAUUGCACUCUUGUGGUGCAAUCUUUACAUGUGUACUUAAUAGUGAACUGCAUUAAGCUCAACAGGGCUUGCUCCCAGUUAAGUGUGUAUAGGAUUAUACUCUUAAUAUGAUAUUCCUAGUCGGAGAGAGCAAAGUGGGUACAAUAGAAAAACACUCGGCUCCAACUGUGGUGGUCACAAGGAUUAUUCUUCUCCUGCUAAAGUUCCCCUUUUACAGAUAUAAUUCUAUAGUGGAGGGUUCCCUCAGUCUUCAGAAGAUUUUGGUCCAUUUCUGCACAUGUGUGGCUAUGUCUGAAUACUGCAUAGGCAAUCGGGAGGCAGGAAAGUCCAUUCCAUGAAUGGAACAUAAACUAGAAUCCAAGUCAAAGAAUCAGAUCCCAUCUCAGUUGGAUGUAUGUAAGCAAUUUAAAGCAAUGAACUUAAGUGCACCUAACUUGUAGAAAAUUGGCUUGAAAAAUCAAACUUUCCAGUUCUCACUAUUGAUGACCUCUUUUUUAAAAUGGUGAAACCAAGUACAUUCACUUAUUACUGUAGUUAUUUAAAGUAUUUUUAAACAAAAAUAUUUAAUUUGUAAUGCAUGUGACUUUGUUUUUAAAUGGAAAAUGUUCUGAAAAUACAUAAGCUGGUUAUAAAAAGACAGUGUUUUACGUUUAACAAUGAAAUUAUGCACAACUAUUUUCUGUUUUAAGUACUGACACUUUCUUAUUUUUUCCAUGAAGAAAAGGGCAGGUGUAAAAUGUAUUACUAUACUUAAGAGCACUCUCCAGAUAAUGCUAUUCUUUCUGUUUGCUUUCUGACCUCCAUAAAGGCAGCGUUCUCCUAAGCCAAUUGGCUUACAAGUGGGUUGCAAUAAAUCUAAGGAAACUUACUUACAAUUAAGCAUGCUUGGGACAGUACAUAAGAGAACUGCCUUAAGCUUCUUUAUUUGAAAACAUAUUCCAGAAAACUGAAUAGAUAUUUUACUCAUGUACUGUCUAUGGAUAUAGAAUUCUGCAGAUGCUUCAAUGCAGCUAUUGCGCUCUAGCAUGCACUUCAAUAAAGAGGCUGUUGGCCAUGUUGUCUGGAGAUGAUGGCAGUUGUAUUGCAAGUCAUCUCAAGGGUGCCACGUUGGGGGAAAAUUCAUGUAAAAUAACCUAUUCCUCCUACACCAAAAUAAACAGGGAGGCUCUUGUAAGCACCUCAGACCUUCUGUGAAACACAACAGGAGCAAAUGUGUUUUGGAGCCAGGGAGGUUCUUGUGUAUAGGUAGCAAACAUGCUGGACUGUCAACAUUACAAAUCCCGUGACUCACAAUGUUCAGGUGCUAGUGACAUUGUAGCCAAACACCUUGUAAUUGAAGUUUUCCUUUGGAAUGUAAUGUAGGAAAUUCAACUUUAGCAAUGUUGCCAAUAUCUUGAAAAAUUUCCCCCAUUUCUAAUUAUUUAUAUUGUAAAUAGAUUUCUGAAGUAAAUUUGAAGUCAAUGUGUAUAAGAUGUAUUUAUUAUGUGAAGAUUUCUUUUCUUUAAAAAUACAGCUACCAAUAUGUA